AGAGAGAGAGAGAGAGAGAGAGAGAGAGAGACUUCCGGCGCGGCCGGAGAGCCCUCUUCCGCCUUUCCGCCGCCGCGGCCAUGAGGGUGGAGAAGUGCUACUUCUGCUCGGGGCCGGUGUACCCGGGGCACGGGGUCCUCUUCGUCCGGAACGACUGCAAGACGUUCCGGUUCUGCCGCUCCAAGUGCCACAAGGGCUUCAAGAAGAAGCGGAACCCGCGGAAGGUGCGCUGGACCAAGGCCUUCCGCCGCGCCAACGCCAAGGAGCUGACCGUGGACAACUCCCUCGAGUUCGAGAAGCGGAGGAACGAGCCGGUGAAGUACCAGCGGCAGCUCUGGAGCCAGACAGUGGAUGCCAUGAAGCGCGUGGAAGAGAUCAAGCAGAAGCGCCAGGCCACGUUCAUCAUGAACAGGCUAAAGAAGGGGAAAGAACUGCAGAAGGCCCAAGACAUCAAGGAGGUCAAGCAGAACAUCCACCUCCUCCGGGCCCCACAUGCAGGCAAAACCAAACAGUUGGAAGAGAAGAUGGUCCAGCAGUUACAGGAAACAGUGGAAAUGGAGGACUCCUCUUAGAAAGGCUCUCUUUCUCUCUCAUGGUUGUGUUGUUUUUGUGUCUCUUUGUUUGUUUGCAUUGCUUGCAUUUCCCUCCCAUCCAAGAUUGGGUGUUGAAGCUGUCACGGGGGUCACCCAUUGCAGUGAGCGUCUCAGUGCAAAAGCUCUGGGUGGAGGGUGGGAAGCGCCUGCGACAGAGAGGGAGGCUUCCUGUGAGACUUGUACACUUGCCAGUUCCUUAAAGCCUGUGAGUUGAAUGGUGCAUCAGAUAAAGCGAUUAUGUGGAAAACA